AUGUCCUCUUCGGUACCCUACGAUCCAUAUAUCCCAGCAGAGGAGUCGCAGUCGCAGAGCAAAGCGGCCGCUUUGAAAGCCGAAAUCGAUGAUACCGUUGGUAUUAUGAGAGACAACAUCAACAAAGUCGCAGAACGUGGUGAAAGGCUCACUUCGAUCGAGGACAAGGCCGACAAUUUGGCAGUUUCCGCACAGGGCUUCAAAAGAGGCGCAAACAGAGUUAGAAAACAGAUGUGGUGGAAAGACCUGAAAAUGAGACUGUGUUUGGUUCUGGCCGUUAUUAUCCUGCUCGUGGUCAUCAUCGUGCCCAUCGCCGUCCACUUUAGUUGA